GUUCGGGGCGCCCUGCGCGGCGGUCCCGCAGCCCGCGCCGGGGAGCUGCUGCCGGGGGAGGCGGCGCCGCGGAGCCGCCUGGAGGAGAAGUUCCUGGAGGAGAACAUCUUGCUGCUGCGGAAGCAGCUGAAUUGUCUGAGGAGAAGAGAUGCUGGUUUGUUGAAUCAGUUGCAAGAACUGGACAAGCAGAUCAGUGACCUGAGGCUGGAUGUAGAAAAGACUUCUGAAGAGCGCCUGGAGACUGACAGCCGGCCCAGCUCCGGGUUUUAUGAACUGAGUGACGGGGCUUCAGGAUCCCUUUCCAACUCCUCCAACUCGGUGUUCAGUGAGUGCUUAUCCAGCUGUCACUCCAGUACUUGCUUCUGCAGCCCCCUGGAGGCAGCCUUGACUAUCUCAGAUGGUUGCCCCAAAGCGGCAGAUGUGAAUCCCAAGUACCAGUGUGACCUGGUGUCUAAGAAUGGGAACGACGUCUAUCGCUAUCCCAGCCCCCUGCACGCGGUGGCUGUGCAGAGCCCGAUGUUCCUCCUGUGUCUGGCGGGCACCCCUCUCAGGGAAGAGGAGCCGCUUGAGAACCCGGCCGCUGACCUUUGUGUUGGACCCGAACUAGAUGUCGCCAAAGCAGAUGGCUCCUUACCAUCGCCGAGCAGUCUGUGGCCUGCCUCCCGUCCUUCAUCCAGUAAGAAAAUGGAUGGCUACAUUUUGAGCCUGGUCCAGAAAAAGCCACAUCCUGUAAGGACCAACAAACCCAGGACCAGCGUGAGCGCAGACCCCACGAAAGGGCUUCUGAGGAAUGCGAGCGUGUGUGUCCGGGCCGCCAGGAGCAGUGGCACGCAGGUCAGCGGUGUAAACCUGAAGAAUGCGAAGCUGGUGUGUCUGCCCUCUGGCGGAAUGCCCUCUCCGGAAAGCUCGACUUUCUCCCCGCUGAAGCAGUGGUCGAAGGACCCCAAGGCAGAACUGGAAGGCAACAGGCUGACAGUGUCCGAGGGUUGCUUAGCAGGCGCUGCGUUGGAGCUCCCAAGCAAACACCUCCCCAGAAAUGCCAAGGCAGCCUCCCAGGAUCAGGCUUGGGGUCCUGCCGCCCCGGGGGCAGGAGAGUCCCUGAAAGAAAGCGGUCAGGCCCCGGCUGCCGCUCACAAGGAGAGCCCCGGCCAGGGCCCCGGGCCCGCGCCGGAGCACAAAGCCGCGCAGCCCCCGAAGAAGAUGGCUCCCAAGAGCAGCCUGCAGCCCGCCCUGGCUCCCGGGCCUGCCCCGCUGCUGCCCGCAGCCUUUGUGGCGGAGGAGAGGCCGGCCUUGGACUUCAAAAGCGAGGGCUCUUCCUCCCAAAGCCCGGAGGACGGCCCCCUGGUGAAGGCGCAGUUCGUCCCGGGGCAGCAGCCGGCGGCCCGGCUCCCCCGCGGCCACAGGAGCGCGGGCGGCGCGCGGAGCUCCACCCUGCGGCCGCGCGGCCAGGCUCCCCCGGGGCUGGACAGUGGCCUGCCCACGGUCAGGGAGAAGGCCCGCGCCGCUGGCAAGAAGUGUCGCUUCCCCGACGACUUGGAUACAAACCGGAGACCCAAGAGGGCCUCUUGCAAGGGCCGGAAGGGAGGAGGCGGGGCCCCCGAGGCCCUGCACGCAGGCCGGCUGGUGGGCGCGGGAGGCCCCAGGGCCGGAAGCAAGGCGCACGGCCACGGACGGGAGGCCGUGGUGGCCAAACCUAAGCACAAACGAACCGAUUACCGCCGCUGCAAGUCCUCGGCCGAGAUCUCCUACGAAGAGGCCCUGCGGAGGACCCGUCGGGCGCGCCGCGAGCAGCACGUGGGCGUGUACCCCGUGCCCGUGCCGCUGCCCUACGCCAGCCCCUACGCCUACGCCGCCAGCGACUCCGAGUACUCGGCCGAGUGCGAGUCCCUCUUCCACUCCACCGUGGUGGACACGAGCGAGGACGAGCAGAGCAACUACACCACGAACUGCUUCGGCGACAGCGAGUCCAGCGUGAGCGAGGGCGAGUUCGUGGGCGAGAGCACCACCACCAGCGACUCGGAAGAGAGCGGGGGCCUGAUUUGGUCCCAGUUUGUGCAGACUCUCCCGAUGCAGACGGUCGCCGCGCCGAACCCCACAAAAACCUUCGUCAAAAUUAAGGCUGCGCACACCCUCAAGAAGAAAAUCCUACGCUUUCGGUCUGGCUCUUUAAAGCUCAUGACCACAGUUUGAGUAUCCCUGAUGUGCGGCGGCUUUCCCCUUAGCUUCUGAUGCAAGGGGGAAGAA